AUGCUGCUUUUGGCGUGGGGCGGCCAGUGGGCGGCCGCACGGCGUCUCCGCGGGAAGAGGGCGGCGCUGUGGGCGGCCACCGCGCUCCGAGGGCCCAGGACAGCCGUCACCCGGGCGGCCUCCUGCGGCGGCUCCUCAGGGCUGGUUGGCGGCCCGAGCGCUGGGGUUCGGGGAGCCGCGCUGCUUUUCCGGCGUCCGGUGCCAGCGCAGAUUCCUGUUUGUUGGGAAAGAUGUGUUCGAUGCUUACACACACAAGUUGAAAAAUCAGAAGAUGGAAGACUAAUUUAUACUGGAAAUCUGGCUCGAACAGUAUUUGGUGUGAAAUGUUUCUCUUAUUCUACAAGUGCGAUCAGCCUUGCCUUUCUACCAUACAUUUUUGCACAAAAUAAUGUUGUAUUUGGGAGUCUGCCUUUGCAAAUCUUAUUUUAUGGCAUCAUAGGCAGCUUUACAGUGGUCACUCCAGUCCUGCUUCACUUUGUUACAAAAGGCUAUGUCAUUCGGUUGUACCAUGAGGCCACUACAGACACUUACAAAGCCAUUACUUACAAUGUUUUGCUUUCAGAAACGAGUACCGUUUUUCACCAGAGUGACGUGAAGAUUCCAAACAGCACACAUGUGUUUACCACAUUUUAUGCUAAAACAAAAUCACUGUUAGUUAAUCCAGGUCUCUUUCCAAACUCCAAAGACUAUGAUCAUCUAAUGGGUUAUGACAAACCAUUCACUUUUGAUAUGGAAGAAACCAGUGAAAAGAAACAGCUUGAAGAUGAGAAAUGAGCCUGUUGUUUUUAUGUUUGUGCUUAAAUGUGAUUUAUUUUCCCAUGUAUAAUAAAAUUGCCUUUACUUUUGUUUUCUGUUAGUGACAUUGUUAAAAAUAACUUGAAACUGUAGCAAACAAUUUUUGAUUAAUUUUCAGAGAAUUAUGUUCUUUUAUAAUAAGCUAUGUUUGAAAAACAAAA